AUGCCGGAUCCGCCCGGCGCCGAUGCGCCCCCGCCCGAGGACCUAUUGGGUGGUAAUGGCGCGAGUGAUUCAUCACUCAACACGCAAACGCGUGAAGCGGUCACUGGAGGAACCGCGAAUCCUCCAGCUUGGUCGCCCGAGGCAACUCAGGUCCGGUUGGACCAUGAGAAGCUGAUGAAGAAGACCUUCCAAGUGCUCGGGAUUGUUCCCUCCAGCAAGUCGACCCGCCGACUGAUGGUCCUGAUGCACGACGCCUCGACCCCGCCUUCGCAGGCGCCAGCGCUCGCACCAGCCGCCCAAAGAGCGGUGCGAAACGACGCAGCCCCGGCCUCCAAUGUGAUUCGAGUCAUUAUGGAUGGUCCUGGAUCACCCAGAGGUCCUGUACAGACCGCGCUGCGCAAGCACUUUGGAUUGGCCGAGACGCCGUUCAUGUUCGCGCGGCCCGAGGGCGUCGUGCUUGACCCCGAGGUCGAGAAGCUUUUCUCGAAAUGCGUGAAGCUGAACCCGAUUGUGACGAAAGCCACGAAGAGGUUCCCGAUCGCUCGUCACAUGUACGAGCUUGUAUUCGAAUCCGAGCAAGCUUGUCUUGAAGCCGCUUCAGCGGGCCCAUUCCCCUACCACGGCAAGGAGAUGGUUACCGAGCUCCCCAGCGCCUCUCCCCUUAACCACGUCGUGCAGGUGCGAUUCACCUUGCCCUCCUCCUCCAGCGCGAUCCCCGCUUCCGUGCUCCGAAAAUCUCUCGAUGAUGCUAUCACCCUUUCGUUCGGCCGCGCAGGUCGCACGCAAGGUUAUACCCUGAUGCAAUUACAGCGGGGCCUCACGGUCGAUCCGAAUGGUGAUCCGAUGGCCAUGACCGAAGACGGGUUCCACUGCGCGUACCUUCGCUUACAUGCUGAUCUUUUCCAAGGCUCCAUCGAGACGCAGAAGGCCGCGCUCAACGCCGCUUUGCCACAAGAGAUCGAGAUCCUGGGCGCCAAGUACGGCUUGCGACACGAAUUCGAGACGCACUACUGCGCGGUGUGCGAUCGCGCCGGACACCAGUGGGGCGCUUGCAGGAAGCCGGUUUCGACUCCGGCCACCGCCGCCCCUGUUCCGGGGGCCUCGACCUCGACUUCGACUUCGACCACCGGCUUCCGAGUUGCUGGAAAGAAUGGGAAGCACGGUGGGCCUGCCGCAUUGAACUCUCGUGUCUCUGGCGCGAACAUGAUCCAGCUGGGACCUCGUGCUAACCCCGCAGGUGCAGUAACCGCCAACAAGGACGACGCGAACGACGGCGACGACGAGUCGGUCGUUUCGACCGAACCGGAGGGCGGCGACACUGGGGAAGAGACGUCGACGCGUGCGACCCUGGGCUCAACAAAGGAGACGCAGACGACGACGGCGGCGCCCGUUUCGACCCCGACCUCUCCUUCGCCUUUGUCCGGUGGCACGUCGGGAUCAUCGGCAACCUCGACAACCUCGAUAGCCUCGACGAGUCCUCGACGCCUUCGUUCGAGCUCGGCACCCGGCAACCGACGUGUCACCCGGGCGGGAUCCGCCAUGAUCCUCGGUGCAUCAGGGGGUGAUGGCUCAGGGGGCAACAGUUCAGGGGGUCACAGGUCCGAGGUGACCGAAUUCGAGGGGGGCGGCGCUGAACUGAUUUAAUCAUGAUUGAGUCACUCACCGUGUUGACGUUCAACGUCCGAUCGAUGAAGAACGCAGUCAACCAAGUCAAAAUCAUCCGUUAUCUCAAAACCCUUCGGCCGGCCCCUGCGGCCAUCCUCCUGCAAGAGCACCACCUCAGCUACAACGCGUCGCGCGAAGGCUUCGAGAGUGCUUGGCCGGGGGCUUGUAUUCGUUUCACUCCUCAUGUCCUUACCCUCAUACCCGAUGGCUCACCUUUGGCGGGCCAUCUCCUUUCCUCUACCCCGGUCGUCUUUGCAGGAGCUCCUCGUUUCGACGGUCGGAUUCUGCGCUCGGUGUUUCGUCUUGAGGAGCUCGAUGUCGAGAUCAUCAACAUGUACGCGCCGGUGCAGGAGGACGAUCGUCGCGACUUUUUCGGGCUUCUGCACUUCAACGCCCCGAGACCCAAGAUUCUUCGGAUCUUGGCCGGCGAUCUCAACGAUUGUCCGGAUGUAUCGAUCGACCGAGUGUCCAUCACCGAUCGCGCUUGGACUCCUGUAUCGCACUGGCAGACCUUGCUGUCAAAGAUCGCGUUCAAGGCACUCGACACGGUCCGACAUGUCCAUCCUUGCACCCCUGCAUUCACUCGUCCUCACUACCGUGGUAGAGGGGAAGAGCGAAAGAUUUGCUCGUGGUCGCGGAUCGACUAUAUUCUUGUCCAAUGCAGUUGGGCGAACCGGUUGUUGAGCGCUUCUACGCUCUUCGAUGCGCCCUGUUCGGACCACAGACCUGUAGUUGCGACUUUCGCUUUGCCUACAUCGAACGCUGAUGCCGAACCCCCCCUUUCUCUUCCCUCCACGAGCGAUUUCAUUUCGAGGCUCAACCCAAUGGUCUUUGACGAUCAAGACUUUGUCGCAUCGAUUCCCGGGGUCGUCGACGAGGUCUAUCAAAGGCUCGAGGGGACCGCUCCGCUCGGCGACGUCUAUGACGCCGCUCUGCGGGCGGUUGCAGUCGCUGGCCAUGCACGAUACCGCUCGACUCGUGCCGACAUGCGCCGACUGCGGGCCGAGAGCCAAUCCGUCAUGGAGGCUUUGGAGGCACGCGGUGAGCACAUGAAUGAGGCCGAGCGCGAUGCGUAUGCUCUUGCCAAGUCGUGGUUGGACCAGUUGGCGGUAAAGGAGGCUCAGUGGCUGCGCAUUCGUGCGCAUGUGCCGUCAGUCGACUCGAGGGAAGGUCAAUCGGCAAGCAUUCGCACGCGCCUCAACCGCCGGAGUCGCCAGACGAGCAUCGUCUCGCUGGAGGAUGUGGAUGGCACCGAGACCGUUGACAUGCAGGAGGCGCUGGGUAUUGCUUCACGGCACGCGCAGUCGCUCUUCACGCCGGACCCAGCUCGUGGCGACCCGACGAACGCACGCCGGUCCCUGCUCGACCCUAUUCGCGCAGCGAAAUGCUACGAUGACGACCGCUCGGACCCUACGUUCGGUCGUCGGCUGCCUCGUCAAGCGAGAGUGGCGCUUGACGAGCCCUUCACCCUCCUCGAGGUUGAAGCGGCGUUGAAGAAGACGGAUUCGGGGCGAUCACCGGGGCCCUCGGGCAUUCCGUACGAGCUCUUCAAGGCGCUGCCAACCUACUUUGCUCCCAAGCUGUUGGACUUGUUCAACUCGAUUUGGGAGGGCGGCAAAAUGACGGCGUCCUUGGCAGAGGGGCUGGUGCGGCUCUUGCCCAAGAAUAAACCGGGGGCCAAUCUGAAAUCACUGGGGGCAUACCGACCGAUCACAUUGCGCGAGACGACCUACAAGGUCCUCAGCAAGGUCUUGGUGGCGCGACUCAAUGGGGUGCUCGGCGAGCUUUUACCGCCGGCGCAACACGGUUUCAUGCCAUCAAGACGUUCAGCGGACGCGGGAAGUCAUCUCACUCUCCUUCUCGAAAAACUCAAGUCGCUAGGCACUGAUGUUUUCCCCGAGGGCGCCCUCUUGUCUUUGGAUCAGCAGAGCGCGUACGAUCGGGUCGAUCACGCCUGGAUCUUCGAGGUCUUUGAGGCCUUUGGGUUCGGUGAGCGUUUCAUCUCGCUGCUGCGCGCUCUCUACGAUCCCGAGACUCUGGGGGUGCGCUACCUUGUCAAUGGGUUCCCCACGGACUUGGUGCGGUUGCUGUGUGGUCUCGGUCAGGGGGAUCCCCUCUCGUGCCCGGUUUGGAACAUCACGUUCCAGCCCUUCCUCGACGCCCUCGUUCGGCGCGGGAUCGCGCUCGACCUGCAGAAGGUGUGGCCAGGGGGGCCGCGUGCGCAGCUUACGCAUCUGGCGUUUGCCGACGAUGCUGUGGUGGUGGUGGAGUCACCGGCGGCAUUGUCGAAGCUGCAAACGCUGUCGCAGACGUGGUACGAGGCUACCAACGGGAAGACCAACACGGACAAGACGCUGGUGCUACCACUCGGACCGAACUGGCUUCGGGACGAGACUGCGCAGGCGCUGCCAACGGUGCAGGAGGGGGAGAGCUUCAAGUGGUGCGGCUAUGCCUUCUUUCGCCACGGUGACUCGAAACUGUUCUGGACCCAUGUUCUUGACAGGAUCAAGGCCAAGGCCCGCGCCGCUCGAGACCGGACACUUUCGCCGAGUGGGAAGGUUUUCUAUGCCAACGCUCACAUCAUCUCGACGGUCCUCCACGUGCUGUCCUUCGACAUACCGCCUCAAUGGUUCAUUAAGGCGGCGGAGACGGCACUUACGGACUUUGUCUGGGGAGGAGCAGGGCGAAAUACCGUCGCUCGCGAUUUCGUGUUCCAGGCUCGGGAGGACGGUGGAUUGGGUUUGAUUUCGAUUGGCGACAUCGUUCAUUCGGUGGCGCUUCGAUUUUGGGAUGCUGUGGCGGGCUCGGACGAGGCGAUCUGGGCGCCCCUAGCUCGCGAGAGCUGGAGGUGCCUCGUCGCUGCGACCCGCGAUUUCAGUCCGUGGGGGUUCUUCAGCAGCACGGCUCGGGUCGAGAAGCUGUAUCGCGACUCGACGCGCUGGGGGGCAGUCGUUGCAGCGGCCAGGGUCACAGUUCCAACCAUCAAGUCCGAACUCCUUACGCUUCCCGAAUUGCUCUCGCUUCCGCCUCGCCUCCCUUCACUCUAUGCUGAAGGUGCCCAGCACGCAUAUGACGAUGCGGACGCGGUGGCGAAGUUUGCGCAGAUCGCGGACCUGUACUGGAGGGACGAAGGGAAGGGAUGGGCUCUGGUUGGUCAUCGACGCGGGUUCUGGCAGCACUCUAAGGAACCCGCCCUACAGCACGAGCACGUGUGGUCGCGCGUGGGUCAGUUGCUCAAGGCGAAAGCGUUGCUGCCCAAGACCGCGUUGCGACCUGCUCGGAUACCUCUCAAGGAGGCUCCCCGUCCUCGGUGCUUCAACUUCUUUGGGCUCUCCCGACCUUUUACGAUUCGCAAGCUUCGUCGGCUUGUGAACAAGGUGCGGUUCCCAGGGAGGGAGGACCGUGUCAAGCGUUUCCCUGAUGGGACUUCUCAGAGCGAUAGGAAGCGCUUCUGGAGAUGGCUUCAUGACCGGUUCGCGUCUGCUGUCGAGCAGGACACCCACUGGCGGCUCAUGUACGACGUGACGCCGACGCGCAAGAGGCAGCAUACUCAGGGUCAUGCCUCUUCGCCGACGUGUCUGUUCUGCGGCAACGAUGCAGCGGUCAUCGAGACGGUGUCCCACUACUUUUUCGAGUGCGCGUACUCGACCAGCUUCUGGGGUGGGGUGCUACGCAUUCUGCUUGACAAGCUCGGCAUCGAGGAUACCGACGUCGAUCCGUCGACGUUCACUCCGGAGCAGCUGACUAUGGGGCUCCCCCUUUUGCGGGGUCGUGGGAGAACGACCUCGAAAUGGAUGUGGGUUCGGCUGGCCUGCGCGAUCGACUUCCAGCGGCUGCACCUGCUCCGCUGGCGCGUUCAUCAGCGGUUCGAGCUGGACAACGUCGUGGCCCCUCCCUCGCUUCCCAGUGCGCUCAGAGCGUUCGAGCGAGAUUUCCUCUCUCGAGCGGGUUUUGUGCCUGGGGUUCGAGAUUGGGAGGUGUGAUGACCGAGUUAAGUCCUUCCUUCCCAUUUUCCUCCCCUCCUUUCCUCCCUUCCUUUUCGGUCAGAAGCUGACUGUCUUGAAACUUGUUGCGCAGUGGAAGGCUGCGCACCUCUCCCUCUCUCUACUUUGCGCAGUAGCGAUUUUCGUUCUUGGAUGGAUCGGCAAGCCGGGUCGAUCGUCGUUGCGUUGGAGGCUUUGUGAAGCUCUCCCCCCUCUUUCCCCCCCCUUUUUUUUCCCUUCCCUUCCUCUUCUCUUUCCUGUUGCUCGGUUGUUGACUACGCUUCAGCCACUUCUCCUUUUAUUCCUAAGCCGUGUGUUGGAUUCCGUCGAAUGGAUCGUUCGUUCGCGUUGGUCAAGUUCUACGGCAUGGAUCGGGAAGAAAGGUCGCUCGUUUCUUGGUCAAUAUCCUCGCGUCAAGGCGAGGCUCGUUUCGUUGUAUUGGAUCGUUUUCGCUCGGCCCCGACGGCUCAACAGCCAGCACUCGAGACUCAGCCAAGGGAGGACAUCAGGCGCUGUCGGGGUGACGAGUAG